GAAAUUGCUGAUGAACACAAAUAUACUAAAAUUGAUUUAAAGGAAGGGCAAUUUAUGGAAAAAGAUAUCUUUUUAUUUGAAGAUAUUGAUACAAAUAAAAGAACUAGUAAUUCAACUUGUACUGUCAUUGAAUAUAGCAAAGUAUCCUUAAAAUUCAAAAUAGAACCUGAUCCAGAAUUCGUCAAAGCUGUAGUAGAUGCUAUAGAGUCUAAAGAUCCUAGAAAAUUUAGAAAGAUUACAGAAGAAUUUGGUAAAUUCGUUCCAAAAGAAGAAGUUAUUCUGGGGGCAAGAGCUUAUUUUGUUGAUACAAAUACAGGUGAUUCUAGUAAAAAUUGUACAAGAUAUACAAACUUUAAAUUAAUUGGAGGAAAGAAAUUUAUAUCUAAAGAUUUUAAUGAAACAGAAUGGCGUGAAUCUUUGGAAGAAUUUAGAAAUUGGGAUUGCAUAAAAAUUAAAAAUCCAACUAGCAUUUUUUAUCAUUUACCUGAAAAUUUACGUGAGGAAAUCUUAUCAUUGGUUGGAAAGAAAAUUCUUUAUUUAAGUACAGAAAGUUAUGAAUAUAAAUUACUUAAACCUGGAAGUCAUAAAAUUUUAGAAUUAAAAAACGUAUCAAAAGAUAUUUUAGAAAUUCUUCAAGAUAAAAAUGCAGAUUGUAGUAUUUUUGCAACGGUUGUUGAUAAAAAGAAAGCGAAUAAUGAUAUUUUUAACUGUCAGAUCUUUUGGCCACCAAAUCAAGAACCAAAACUUAUAAUUCAUUGUAUUCAAAAAAAAUUUAAAGAACGUAAAUGUAAUUUGAAAAUCAUGUUAAUGAUUAUUGGUUAUGAUUUAAAUUUUAACUUUGAUCGCCCAGAUUUUAAUAUUCAAAUUAAGGUUGAAAGACACGAUUAUAGUGCAUCAAAGAAUCAAACUCAAAAGUAUCCAUUAGAAUCAGAUUCAACUCAUUGUUUUGGAAUUCCUGUAUUAAGAAAAUUGGAUGAUUCAAAUAACUCUCUUGUAAUAGGACAUCAAUUUUAUAAUUUUGGAAAUGAUGAAAAUAAAAGAACUGGAUUAUACACAUUUUCUUAUUGUUUGAAAAAAAAUCAUUUCGUUUAUUUACCUGAUUUUACUUUUUACACAUUUGUCAUCAUGAAUUAUAGUUCUAAUUAUACUGGGAUGUCAUCUUUAAAUCAUACUAAAUUUAUUAAUAAGUUCUUAACUAAGCGUGAUUCCUUAAAACCAAAAUUUAUUAGUUUGUAUUCUACAAAAGAAAAUAAUUG